AUGUGCUAUCCCUUAGAGGAAGGGGGACUUGGUAUCCGAUCGAUAAUCAAGGUGAACGAAUCUUACAAUCUUAAGUUAGCUUGGGAUUUACAUAACUCUAUGGAGUCUUGGGCAGUUUUACUGAGGCAAAGGGUUUUGAGAAAAGGAUGUUUCAUUAAACAUCAUAUUAACUCCUCUCUUUGGACUAGCAUGAAAUAUGAGGUUUCUACUGUGGAGGAAAACACGACUUGGAUGGUUGUUAAUGGAUCUUCUAUAAAUCUUUGGUCUGAUAGUUGGUGCGGGAAACCGCUUCUCUUUGCUGUCUUGGAUAUUUCUAAUAUCAUUGAGCAAUCUGUCUGUAGCAUCAUAUCCAAUGGUAGAUGGGACUUCUCCAAAGCCUUGUUUCCCAUACCGCUGGAUCUUCAAGAGAGAACUUUACGCUGUCAUAUCCCGAUUGUUCCUCGGCCGGAUGGUAGAGUUUGGACUGAUUCUCCGAAUGGCGAUAUUACCGCCAAGAUUAGCUUUAAUUUCAAAAGGUCAAUUGGGCUUUGCAAGGAUUGGUGGCAAUGGAUUUGGUCUAAAUCCAUUCCUCCUUUCAAGUCCGCUUUCGUGUGGAAGCUUCUUUACUGCAAAGUUUCUACGGAUGAACAAUGGCAUAGAAGAAAUUUUUCUUUUCCGUCGCGAUGCUGCUUAUGUAAGGAAGCGCAGGAAACGACGCAUCAUCUUUUCUUCAACUGUAAGUUUGCUUCUUUUCUUUGGUCUUGGUUGAGUAAAAUGCUGAAUAUCUCUUCUCCUAUUCUUGAUUGGCCCGACUUAUGGGCUUUAUGCCGGAAGUUCGGCUCGGGUCAAUGCAAGAUUGUCUCCACUGCUGCCAUAGUCUUUAUCCUUAAUGCCAUUUGGUUGGCUCGAAAUAGGCUGAAAUUUCAGGAUGCUCCUCCUUCUAUUCAAAGUUCCAUCUCUUCCAUUGUUGACUCUGUGGCUUUAGCCGGUGGCUCCCCUACUGUUGGUUCCUUUUUGAAUAUGCAGGAUUUUGUCAUGCUGAAGAAUUUUCAUGUUCCUAUUCGGCCCCGCAAAGCCCCUAAUAUUUUGGAGGUGAUCUGGAAACCCCCUCCUAGGAACUGGAUCAAAAUAAACUGUGAUGGUACCUCUAGCCCUUCUGGUUUGUCUGCUUGUGGAGGCAUUGCGCGAAACUCUGACGGUAAUUUUUUGGGUGCAUUUGCUGAUUUUUUGGGUGUUGCUAACUCUCUCAUUGCCGAACUUUCGGGUGCCAUGAUGGCAAUUGAGUUCGCCUAUGAGAAGAAUUGGAGCAAUAUUUGGUUGGAAACGGACUCAACGGCGGUGGUCAAAGCUUUUAAUUCUCCCUACACUGUGCCUUGGUUCAUUAGAAAUAGAUGGUUUAACUGUAUAAGUUUAGUUGCUAAUUGGAAUUUUGUAGUUUCCCAUAUUUACCGGGAAGGAAAUAGUUGUGCUGACACCUUAGCUAGUCUUGGGCUGAAUAUUACUAGCUCUACUUAUUUUGCUUCCAUUCCUAUCUGUUUAAGGGCUGAUUUUGUUAAGAAUAGGAUAGGGAUGCCUUUCUAUAGGUUUAUCUCCUCCUGA